UGACUUGUGGCCUGCGCUCUGACGCUCAUUCACAAGAACUGGGCGGUGACAUUUCGGCUUGUUUCAGCCGUGAGACCCGGAGAAAGAUCGGGGAACGCGGGAAUGUCCUUCCAGUCCUCCCUCAUCUUCACACUCAUUUUCACUUUACGUUUCUCAGGCUGAAGGUGUGAAGCGGCGGCAGACUGUGAACAGCCUGUUCAGUGUGGCCUCCUCGCUGAGCUGCAGGUGGAUGGAUCACAAGUUCAAGGAGUACAGCGAGAGCUGUUUGGAUCUGCUGCAUGUGAUGGGUAACAACUCCACCAACAGCACUGAGGAUUCUGAAGUGCAGGACGCUGUGGCCUUCCCUGAUGAUCUGUACAACCAGGCGUCCCAAGCAUCAGCUGAGGGUAAACUGGCGUUCGCAGUUCAGGUUCUGGAUGAGACGGCGGGCCUGUUUGAGGAGGAUCACAGCUCGGCAUCAUGGGAGGAGAACACGGCGGACGACUUUGUGAAUGUUGUGACCCAGCAGGCCGACGAGCUUCGCUCCUGUACUGGCAGCCACAAGAGGAACAAGAAGCUGCACAUGUAUUUCAAGAGGCUGUCGAGCCUUGUUAAGAGGAUGGACCACAGCGCUGACGUCUGGGAGGUGGUCAGGAAGCAAAUCAAAAGCCAUCUGAUGAGCACAGACCUGCUGGUUUCAUCUCUGCUCCCCACAAACUGAAGAUUGUGUUAAUUUAUUUGCUUCCACGUAGCUUAUCUUCAUUUAUCUAUUUAUUUAUUUAAUUAUGGAGUUGUGUGUGUAUUUAUUAAUUAUAUUAUUA